CUCGAUUCCUCACGAUCUACCUCGCUACCGACGAUGCUUCUCUCUCCCGGCCACUCCCCUCGCCACAUCUCUGUCGCGCCGUCCUCCCCCUCUGCCACCCCCUCCUCCACCGCCGAGAAAACCCUAAUCCGAUCAACCCCAAACUCAUCUGCCGCGUAUAACUCGAAGAAACGCCGCGUCAGCGUCCUCGAUGAGGACACCUACGUCGCAUCCAUAGAGAAAAUUAUCGAGCGUGACUUCUUCCCUGACAUCCCCAAGCUCCACGAUCGCCUGGACUGGCUCGAGGCCGCCCGCUCAGGCGAUCCCAUAAUCAUUCGCGAUGCCCAGCUUAAGAUCCUCGAGCGCCGUGCCGCUGCCGUUUCUGGCAAGACUCCAUCCACUGUCGCCGCCGCCACCACCGAUGGCCGCACACGCAGCCCCUUUUCCUCUGCGACGCCCUUCGGCUCUGAUAAAACUCCGUUAUUUGUUCCUGCUGCUGUUGAUCAAUCUGCUAAUGAAGAAGAUCCAUCUUCUAUUGUGGAUACCUCUCUCUCCCUUGAUGAAUUCUGCCACCGGUACACGAGCGAGGACAACGCGAGCUUCUCGAAGAUCAUGGAGAAGGUGAACAGGAAGAGGAGGGAGCAGUAUGCUCAUCUGUUGCAGGGGGAGAUGGAGGAAACGGUGAAGACCAUAGAGGAUGAGAGGAGCGAUCGGAUUACUGAUGGGUAUGGAACUUCUGGGCAGCCGUUGGCUACUCUUGAUGGGUGGAAGUACACGGCGAAGAAUCUCUUGAUGUAUAAUCCUGUUGAUCGUGGGGAGGUGGCCCUUACUAAGGAGGAGAGGGCAGAAAGGAUGAAAGGGUUGACAAAGGAGAUUGACAAGUCGAACACAAGAUUUCAUGGAAAGUCCAUUGCAGAUUCGAAGCCCACUAAGGAGGAAGAAGAAGCCACUUUUCUCUACACUCCAGUUCCAGGAAUCACACCAGCUGGUGCUUCUUGGCCUUUUGGUGAUCGACAGGCAGAGAAGUUGAAAAAGUAUGACUUGGAAGAUCUAAGAAAAACCCCAAAUGCAUUCUUUGCAGAAUCGGCAAAGAAAUCAGAGAAUGGGUAUAGCUUUGUGAAGACUCCUUCCCCAGCCCCUGGCGUGGAUGAAUCUCCAUUUAUGACAUGGGGAGCUAUAGAGGGAACACCAUUGAGAUUGGAUUUGGAAGAUGCACCAGUUGGUAAUGGUGGAAGUAGUGAUGGACCACAUUUCAGCAUUCAAUUGCCACCAUCUAGGGAUGUGAAGGCGCAUUCUCUUUCAAGGGAAGCUACUCGGAGGUUACGGGAGAGGUCUAAAAUGUAUCAGAAACCACCCUUGCCUUCACCAGCUAGGGGUGGUAGUGCUAGCCCCAGUGUUCGAAAUCUUUCACCUGCUGCACAAAAGUUUGUUAGAAAUGCAAUUGCUAAAUCGUCUUGCUCUGUUGUUGAUGAGACUCUUCGUGCUAGCUAUCGUGGGACUAGCCCAAUGGCAUCUACUCCAAAGGAACGGGGUUUAUCUAGAUUCUCAAGAGAUGGUAGCUUGGCCUCAAGAUCACCUUCAGUGAGACAGAAUUCUGCUUCUCCCUGGUGAAUUAUGCAUGGUUAGCCCUAAUUGCUUAUUUUGGAGCUCCAUAUUAUAAUGUCAAAGAAAUACUGACAUGGAAACUUAUAGUCAGAUUUGCUUCUUAAAUCUGUUUUGUUCCAUUCGUUUCACAUCAUUAUGUUACUUUGAAUAGGGAAACUAUCUAAAUGGGUAUAUUGUCUAUGAUACUUGGAAUUUAAAGGGUUUACAUAAUGUCUUCAAACCUCUAACAUUGGCUUGUAACUUUCUCUGUUAUUGAAUGUUAUUUUUUUUCCAAAAUAAUUUAUAGCAGGUUGAUUUGUUGUUC